AACAAUUGUCAAAACACUACUUACAAGUGUACUUUAGACUUUAGUUAUUCAAUAAUUUAUGUAAUGAUAACAAUUCAUGUGUUUCAAAAAGUAAACUGCAUGCCAUUCACUGUAUUCUUCAGAAAAUUCCCGAAAUGAACCUGGAUUAUUAUGUGGAUAGCUAUCAAUGUUGUCUCAAUUGGGUGGGAAUUGACUGCUAUUUGUCGGCUGGAAAUCAUACCUGCUUUGAUUAUGAAUUACAACCAAUGAAUAAAAUGCUCAAUAUAAUGAUUAUGCUGGAUGGUGCUGGUGAUUGUAAAGACUAUAAAUACACAAAGGGUCUUACUACGUGCACCAAAUAGUAAUAAUGAAUAUUAUAAUAUUACAUCUAUAUUAACGCUGCAG